AUGCCUCAGAAUGAGUACAUGAAUAUGGUUUCUACCUCGCACGAUAUUAUUACGCUAGAUUUGGACUCACCCGUUCGGCAGGUGUACAGUCUUCAGUGUCCCCUGCAGAAUCCAUACGUGGUCGGAGGCAGGAGGGUUGAAAAGCACGAAUUUCCACACAUGGUUGCCUUGGGCUACCGAGUCUUCCGAGGAAGUGAUCGCAAUCGGUACGAGUUUCUCUGCGGUGGAACACUGAUCAGUGAGUGGUUUGUGUUGACAGCGGCUCACUGCAUUAAUGAAAGAUUGGAUGUUGCUCGCUUAGGGGUUUCCGAAUUAGAUGAUCCGGACUGCCAGGAUUAUUCGAUAGCGGAGCAAAUCAUACACAAAGGUUACUCCCCGGUUACGAAAUACAACGAUAUUGCUUUACUCCGGCUGGAACGUAAUGUAAACAUAACGCUUGAUGUACGGCCCGCUUGUCUAGGGACCGAACGUACCGAACAGAUUAGACGUGCCACAGUUACAGGAUGGGGUAAAACUUCUUCUGGCUCAAGCACUUCAAACGAAUUAAAUAAAGUUUCGUUAGACGUUCUACUGGAUAGGAGAAAAUGCGCUCAGAUGAACAGUGGACCCGGUCGCAGUCGGCUGAUUGAUCAUCAGAUUUGUGCGGGUUCAUUCGAGGGCAACCAGGACGCUUGCCAGGGGGAUUCCGGCGGUCCGCUGCAGGUGUUUGAGGAAGGCAAAUGUCGGUACCACGUGGUGGGCGUAGUUUCUUUCGGGAAAAUUUGUGGUUCCGCUGAGUACGGGAUUUACACCCGAGUAUCGCGUUAUCUGGCAUGGAUUGUCGAAACCGUUUGGCCCGAGCUGUGGAAACGUAAGGAAGAGUGGGAAUACUGA